CCGUGUGCAUUAUCGGACAGCGAACGUGUGUGCACACUUAGUUCGUGUGAAUUUUUUUGUUGGAAAAGUCACAAGACCCUCAGCUGAGGAACAUUUUCGAUUUCGAACAAAACCCAAAACAGUGUUGUGUGUUCGUGCAAGGCGAGAAAAAAAUCCGAGAUAGAAACUAAUUUUUUCUGCACCGAUAAAUUCAAUUGAAUUUAAUUCACGUUUGGACGGGAAGCGAUUACAUCCAGAACAAUGGCAAAUAAUGUGCAAGAUUUGAUUUCAUCGUUGCCAGACGAUAAAAUUGACAUGAUUGCCGCGACGAGUGUUUUGCAGCAACAAGCUGGUGAUAUUCGCCAGAAUAAAAUCAAUUGGCAAUCGUAUGCACAAUCGCAAAUGAUAACCAACGAGGAUUAUCUGUGUGUUAGCGCAUUGGAUAGUGAUCAGCGCGCAACGUACUUACAGCAAAAUCCCGGCCAAUGUGCCAAAACAUUUUUGAAUCUAUUGUCGCACGUAUCAAAGGACCAAACGAUUCAAUACAUUUUGGUGAUGAUUGACGAUUUGCUGCAAGAGGACCGUUCACGUGUCGAAAUCUUCCAUGAGUAUGCGGCCAAGCGCAAGGAGAGUGUGUGGGGACCAUUUUUGAAUCUGUUGAACCGUCAGGAUGGAUUCAUUGUCAACAUGUCGUCACGAAUUUUGGCCAAAUUGGCAUGCUGGGGCCAUGAGCUCAUGCCAAAAGCCGAUUUGCACUUCUACUUGCAAUGGCUGAAGGAUCAGCUCACCAUCAAGGCCAAGCAAUACUUGCAAGAGAUGGCCGAAAAAGCCAAAGCAAAUCGUAAUCAACACGCAUUGCAACAGCAACAACUGCAGUUUCAACAGCAACCACCACAAGCCCAAUCGACAAAUAACGAACGGUACAGUCUGCUUUCGGGCAGCGAUCAACGUGCAUCAUCACCACCGCUUGUUCCGAAACCCCUAUCGAGCAACGAGUACAUCCAAUCGGUUGCUAGAUGUUUGCAGAUGAUGUUACGUUUAGACGAUUAUCGCUUUGCAUUCGUUUCGGUCGACGGAAUCAGCACAUUGUUGAGCAUUUUGUCAUCACGUGUCAACUUCCAGGUUCAAUACCAAUUGAUUUUCUGUUUGUGGGUGUUGACAUUCAACCCAUUGUUGGCUGAAAAGAUGAAUAAAUUCAAUGCGAUCCCGAUUUUGGCCAGCAUUUUGAACGAUUCGGCUAAGGAAAAAGUGACACGCAUCAUUUUGGCGGUUUAUCGUAAUUUGAUCGAAAAGCCAACCGAUCCAAAUAUUUCAAAGGAGCAUUGCAUUGCCAUGGUUCAGUGCAAGGUAUUGAAGCAGUUGUCGAUUUUGGAGCAACGUCGUUUCGAUGACGAAGACAUUACCGGUGAUGUUGAAUACUUGUCCGAAAAACUACACAGCUCCGUUCAAGAUUUGAGCUCAUUCGAUGAGUACGCCACUGAAGUUAAGAGUGGACGUUUGGAAUGGUCACCAGUGCAUAAAUCGGCUAAAUUCUGGCGUGAAAAUGCUUUGCGUUUGAAUGAAAAGAAUUACGAUCUGUUGCGUACAUUGAUUCACUUCUUGGAAGUAUCGAAGGAUCCAUUGGUUUUGGCAGUUGCAAGCUAUGAUAUCGGUGAAUAUGUACGCCAUAACCCAAGAGGAAAACACUUAAUCGAACACUUUGGCGGUAAACAAUUGGUAAUGCAACUUUUGAGCCACGAAGAUCCAAACGUCCGAUAUGAAGCAUUGGUUGCUGUGCAGAAACUUAUGGUCCAUAACUGGGAAUAUUUGGGCAAACAAUUGGAGAAGGAAAGCGAAGGUUCUAAUCAAAACCCUGGCCCAGCCACCAUCCAAGGAAAAGCCUAAGCAUGUGCAAUGAUCUAUGCAAUCUACCAAUAAAACGAAGCGCAUUAGUUCAAUUCUUUUGCACAAAUUUACUUAGAACAAGAGUUUUAGAGUAUGCAAAGGAAUAGCAGUAAAGUUUGAAUGGAAUAAACAACAACAGCAACAAUAAAAAAAAAUGUUAAAAAUAUAUUGUUUUUUUAGAAAAUAAGUCAGAAUCGAAAUGUAACAAUAAUCUGUGUUGUAGCCAGCAAUUUCACUUGAAAGAAAAUUUUAUUUGUGAGGGUUUGCAAUUCACUAUUAUGAUUAGAAUCAGCAACAAUUCAUGUAAAUGUUUGUAUGUAAAUAACCUAAUGUAUAGUAUCACUCAGAUGUCAAAUGCGAAUCGAUACAAUUGCGAUAGCUAUUUCGUUCUUGGAACUUUGAUCAAUCAACAGAUAAAUUUGAGAGAAAAAAAAACAUACACACACACACUAACGAGUUUUCGAUCCAUCAAAAGCAUGUGAAUGAACAAUGAACACAUACAAUUCAUGGUUUUAAUUUUUUUUUGUCCCAAACUAUUGUUACAAUUUCUGUUGAUCGAUGCAAGUUAUAUUUUAAACUAUUCAACAUAGAUUAGCAAUUGAAUGAAAAAACAUUUUUCUCUAUUCACAUAUAAUAAAGAUUAUGUUUAAAUGAUACUAA